AUGGCGUACAUGAGUAUGGGGGAAGCUCACAGAAGGAUAACAGAGUACCUGAAUAGCUUCUCCGACGCCGUUUCGUCGCAAGAUGGAGCUUCGUUUAAGUCUCUCUUUGCUCUCUCCUCCAAUGCCCCUUCCCUUCUUUCUCUCGCCGACGCUCUCAACAUUUUCCAAGACGCCAACAGACUCAUCAAGCAAUCCGACAACUAUUCUCAAUUCGCCGAUAUCCUCGUUCCCCUCUUCCGAUCCCUUCAAAACUACCGCCAGAACAACUUGCUCGAAGCCUACAACGCAUUUGAAAAAACCGCCAAUGCGUUUAUCCAGGAGUUUCGCAAUUGGGAAUCCGCGUGGGCUCUGGAGGCUUUGUACGUCAUUGUUUACGAUGUUAGGGUUCUUGCGGAAAAGGCUGAUAAAGAAUUGGCUUCCAAUGGGAAAUCUCCUGAGAAGUUGAAAGGCGCUGGUUCCGUCCUUAUGAAAGUUUUUGGCACCCUUGCGGGAAAAGGCUCUAAGCGUGUUGGAGCAUUAUAUCUUGGCACAGUUAACCUUUGCCGCAGUGUAAUAAGAAGCAUUGAAACUGCACGAAUAUUUGAUUUUGAGGAAUUUCCCAAAAGAGACAAGGUUACUUACAUGUACUAUACAGGUCGUCUUGAAGUUUUCAAUGAAAAUUUUUCUGCUGCUGAUUAUAAAUUAUCUUAUGCCCUCAAGUAUUGCAAUCCUCAAAGUUCAGCCAAUAUAAGGAUGAUACUUAAACAUCUAAUUCCGGUGAAGCUUUCAAUAGGCAUAUUACCUAAAAGCAGUCUCUUGGAGAAGUACAAUCUACUUGAGUAUAGUAAUAUUGUACAAGCUCUAAGAAGGGGUGAUCUUCGACUUCUUCGGCGUGCACUUCAAGAUCAUGAGGACAGGUUCUUGAGAUCAGGUGUAUAUCUUGUCCUAGAGAAGUUAGAACUUCAAGUUUACCAGAGAUUAGUAAAGAAGAUUUACAUCAUUCAAAAGCAGAAGGAUCCAAACAGAGCUCAUCAGGUGAAGUUAGAAGUUAUUGUUAAAGCAUUGAAAUGGCUUGAAAUAGAUAUGGACGUGGAUGAGGUAGAGUGUAUAAUGGCCAUUCUGAUAUUUAAGAAUCUUAUGAAAGGUUACUUUGCCCACAAAAGCAAAGUAGUUGUAUUGAGCAAGCAAGACCCGUUCCCUAAAUUAAAUGGAAAACCUCAAUUGAUCGAAGAUGUUAUUCCAAUAUGGCAGUCUUCGUAUAACCUUGGACCGGUAUCUAGUAGGUCUUAA